UACAUCCACAUGCAUGCAUUGCCACAUCACACGAAUUUCAACGUGACGUUAUCUCACGCGUGGACAAAUGAUGAUUGAUCAGCUGUAAACAGUGAUAUUUUAACCCGAUACCCGUAAAGAUUCAGAAAACGAGUUUGUCGUUACCGGUGUGUGUGUGUGUGUGUAGAUCGUAUAACCAGUUUUUUGAGCUGAAUCGAAUGUUGUUACCAAUUGAAAUUGUUGUUGGCCAAUAUUUCCGUAGUUCAACCAGACAAUUGGUAGGAAAAUUUCAUCCAUUGUUAUUUGAAAGUCGAUUGUUGUUUAGUCCAAUCGUUGCUGCACGUAGAUUAUUAUAUUUAUCAUCACCGUCAUCGCUGCCAAAUAAGAAAACUUUGUCGAAUUGGGCAUAUAAAAAAAUUAAUCGAUACAAACCUUUGUAUGUUGAAAAAAUUAUGGCCGAAUUAGAUCCAAAAAUUGCCGCUGAACUUGAACCAUUUAGACAAUCAGUGAAAGAACAAGGUGACCUAAUACGUCAACUUAAAGCGGACAAUGCACCUGAAUUGGACAUUAAAAAAGCGGUGGCCGAAUUAAAAAAUCGAAAACGCGUUCUUGAAGAAAAAACACUGCAAUUGGCACCACCAGAUUCUGGAUUUGAACGUGCCAAAAUGGAAGAUCUGAUUAAACGUCGUUUCUUUUUUGAUAAUUCAUUCGCCAUCUAUGGUGGUAUUACUGGUCAAUUUGAUUUUGGUCCAAUGGGUUGUGCCAUCAAAAACAAUAUGAUUGAUUUGUGGCGAAAACAUUUUGUUCUACAAGAACAAAUGCUUGAAGUGGAUUGUACGGUUUUGACACCUGAACCAGUAUUGAAAGCAUCGGGACAUGUAGAACGUUUUGCUGAUUUAAUGGUCAAAGAUCUGGCAACGGGUGAAUGUUUUCGAUUAGAUCAUUUAAUUAAAGCUCAUCUGGAGAAAUUGGCAUCCAAUUCAAAAACUUCUGAUGAAAUUCGACAAGAAUGUCAAUCUAUUGUAACCAAAUUGGAUGGUUUAAGUAAAGAACAAAUGAAUGAAAUUCUUCAGAAAUUCAAAAUCAAAUCACCACUCACCGGUAACGAUCUAAGUGAAGCCAUCGAAUUUAAUCUUAUGUUUUCAACAAUGAUUGGACCAUCUGGCCAGGUUAAAGGUUUUCUUCGUCCUGAAACGGCACAAGGAAUAUUCGUCAAUUUUAAACGACUUUUAGAAUUCAAUCACCGACGAUUACCAUUUGCAGCUGCACAGGUAGGCAAUGCUUUCCGUAAUGAAAUCAGUCCACGAUCCGGUUUAAUUCGAGUUCGUGAAUUUACAUUGGCCGAAAUCGAACAUUUUGUCGAUCCAUCAAAUAAAAGUCAUCCAAAAUAUGAAACGAUUGCCGAUUUGGAAUUGAAUCUUUACACUGCUUGUAAUCAAAUGGACGGCAAAGCAAGUGAAAUGGUACGAAUACGUGAUGCUGUCGAUGGUAAAAUUAUUGCCAACGAAACGUUAGCCUAUUUUAUUGGACGUAUCUAUUUGUUUAUGGUGAAAGUUGGAGUGGAUCCAAAACGGCUUCGAUUCCGUCAACAUAUGGAUAAUGAAAUGGCUCAUUAUGCUACCGAUUGUUGGGAUGCCGAAUGUUUGACAUCGUAUGGUUGGGUCGAAUGUGUUGGUUGUGCUGAUCGUUCCUGUUUUGAUCUAUUACAACAUACAAAAACUACCAAUGUUAAAUUGGUGGCGGAAAAAGAUUUACCAGCACCUAAAAUUGUAAAUGUUGUUGAAAUUGUACCAAAUAAGGGCCUAAUGGGUAAACAUUUCAAAGCUAAUGCUCAAAAAGUAAUGACCAGAUUAAGUGUACUUGAUGAAUCAGAAAUCAAAUGUAUUGAACAAACAUUGAAUGAUGGCCAGAAUGAAUUCAUAUUGAAUCUUGACGACGAAAACAAAGUGACCAUUACAAAAGAAAUGGUAACAAUUAAACGAUAUGAGAAAAAAGUUCAUGUUGAAGAAUUUACACCAGGUGUUAUUGAACCAUCAUUUGGAAUUGGUCGAAUAAUGCAUACACUAUUCGAACAUAGUUUUCGUAUCCGUCAAGAUGAUGAACAACGAACCUAUUUUGCAUUACCAGCUGUUGUAUGUCCAAUCAAAUGUUCACUAUUACCAUUGAGUAAUCAUAAUGCACUCAAACCAUUUGUCACACGGCUAUCCACACAAUUAUCAGCAGCAGAUAUUUCAUUUAAAUUUGAUGAUACCGGUUCGAUUGGUAAACGUUAUGCACGAACCGAUGAAAUAUCCGUACCAUUUGCCAUUACGAUCGAUUUUGAUAGCUGUAAAGAUGAAAUGGUUACAUUGAGAGAACGUGAUUCUACUGAACAAAUUCGAUUGCCGAUAAAAAAUGUCGUCACCAUCGUUAAAGAAUUGUCGAUGAAUCUACGUCAAUGGGAUGAUGUUCGUAAUCAAUAUGGUAUCUUUGAUCCUUCACAAAGUUCAUCGGAACCACCACCAUCAUCACAAUAA